GCCAGAGCCCGAAAUUGAACCAGAACCAGAACCUGAACCUCCAGUUGAUCCUCUUGAACAUUUUACAACAUGCCAAGUUUGUAAAUCACCUUUUGUUGAUCCUAAGAGCCUCUCUUGUUUACACACCUUCUGCAAAUCAUGUUUGUUUUAUGACUGGCCAGAUUGUGAAGGAAAAAAGACGAGAAGUUGCCCUUCAUGUAAGGAAGAAUUCGAGGUGACGAACGUCGAGGAAGAGCUUGAACCGACUCCAUUUGUGAAGAGGAUGAUUCAAGUCAAAACUAUGGAAGACCUGGCGAAAAACCUAGAGAUGAGCGGGGAUAAGAACAUGGAAUUUGCACAAGCAGUGAAAGAUAUGGAGUGUAACUGUAAAGAUAAGGCCGAGAGAAAAGACAGCGACGUAGAAAACCGUUCUGAGGGCUCCCUUACAAGCAAAGACACGGAUUCCACGCAACCUGUCAAAUGCGACCAGUGUUCAAGUUCCACUGAUGUUCAACAAUCUUGCACCCAAAUGGAAGAACGCCAACCAGGGGUUUGCAGUAAACAUGCUGAUAAUAUUCUUGACUAUUUCUGUAGUAAGUGCGACCGUUUUAUUUGUAUCGAGUGUUUGAUUACUGAACACCCGCAUUUCCAGCAUGGCGUUUCCAAGGUAAGCGAUGUUGCUCCUAGAUACAAGGAAGUACUUGGCAUGUUAAGGACCGAAGCGGAAUACACAGCACCCGAACUUUCGCGAGCUACAGAAAUAUACGAAGAAAGAGCUAAAAAAAGUGAAGAAAAACUCGAGACCUUCAAGGAAAAAAUAAGAGAAAGAAAGGAAGAAAUUAUUCGUGAAGUUGGAGUAUUACUGGAAGAAGAAGAAAAACGACUCGUGGAUCAUGUCACAUCUGUUGUGAUGACGGAGAAAGGAGACUUUCAAGAACAAGUCAAACGUUUGGAAGACGAUGUUGAUGUUUUGAAAGGGUAUUGCUAUCUAACUGAUAACCUGAUUACUCAUGGAAACUGUUUUGAAGUCAUGGAAACCAAAACAGCUUUGAUUAAAAGAAUGCAUCGAAUUUGCGUAAAAGGAAAAGACCCGUUCAUUCAACCCGGCGUCGAGAGUAAAGAAGAGAUUACCAUGAGUUACGAACGCGGAAAUUCGCCAAUACUUGGUAAAGAGAAUUCCCUGGGAUUCUUACGUGCAACUGAAGCAUUUGCUCCUAAAUCUACAGCCGCCGGUCAUGGUUUGGCAGAGGUCAUGUGUGGCCACAAGGGAAUAUUUGGAAUUACAACGAAAAAUCGACAAGGAAAUGACCUAGAAAGUGGCGGAGCAAUGAUUGAUUUAAAGAUUAUUUCUUCAACAAUGGAAAAAAUAGAUUGGGAAAUCGAAGACCACGAUGAUGGGACAUACACAGUCUCCUAUACUACCAAUAUCCUUGGUCCUCAUAUUAUAUCCGUACGUAUCGCAGGUAUCCCCAUCCAAGGCAGUCCAUUUACAGUCAAUGCAACGAUCAGUGAAAAUUACAACCUAAGAGAUGAACCUCUCUUUAUUUUACCACCAGAGAAAUCAGGAUUGUCUGAUCCAGCUGCUAUAGCUACUGAUUCUUCCAAUCAAAUUUAUGUCGUUGACCGUGGAAACAACAGAGUCGUGGUUUACUCCGAAAAAGGUGAACAAGUCUUGAACAUCAGCAAGAAUGAAGAAGAUGAGGAUAUUUUCAAGUCGCCGCAGAGUAUUUCAAUCACGAAAACUAAUAAGAUCGUAGUGUCUGAUACUGGAAACAAUCAGAUUCAAGUUUUUGAUAAAGAUGGUAAAUUUCUUCUUAAGUUUGGUCAAGCCGGAGAAGGCGAAGGGGAUCUCAAAGAACCGGAUGGUGUCAUUGUCGAUGCGAAGGGAAAUAUUGUUGUAGCGGAUACUAUGAAUCACAGGAUUCAAAUAUUCCGUGAGAACGGCGAGUUUAUGUCAACCUUUGGCAAGCAAGGCACCAAGGAGGGAGAAUUGUCGUAUCCAUCUGGAGUGAGUUUAGAUAAAUCUGGAAACAUUUUGGUUUGCGAUUGCGGGCUCUGGAAUGAAGCAAGUAAAGAAAGCAAUAACCGUAUUCAGGUUUUUAAUCCUGACGGGAAAUACCAAUAUGAAUUUGGUUGUACUGGCGAGGACACUGGGCAGUUUAAGAAACCAGCAAGGGUUGCGGUUGACAAGAAGGGGAGAUUGCUAGUUACAGACAUGGACAAUAAUCGUAUACAGGUAUUCAAAAACAAUGGAUCAUUCCUCAAUACUAUCGUUCGAAGAGGGAAGAGCGACUGUUUUGAUGCCCCUUGUGGUAUUGCGGUCAUGCAGGACGGUAGAAUUGCUAUUACAGAAAGAAACUCGAAUCAAAUUCAAAUAUUUUGAUUCAAAAAUACGAAUGCAGUGGGUGAUUAUCAACGCCUGCAUAAAUUGACUGUUAAAAUAUACCAAUGCGAGAUAAACGUUCUAAGUAGAAUGUUACCACUUCGUGUUUUAUUCGAUGAGAAACAAAAAAGGCUCUGAACUUAAAUUAUUGUAACUUCUUAGAUAUAUGCAAAGUGGGGUAGAUUUUAAAUGAUGAUGAUAUAUGAAUAUUACUAAAAGCUUAUAAGGAUGUGCAAAGCCAGCUGAAAGAUUAAUGCAAUUUUACUUUGGACAGGUUUUAUAACAAUAUUAAUAUAUUACUAAAAGCUUCUAAAG